AUGAUAGCAGCUCCCAAGAUAUUUGAGAAUCAUUUGGCAGAAAAGACUGAAUCCCCUGACUUUUAUAUUCAACAAUUCUAUAUCGAGUGUCUUUCUACUUUCUCGUAUUACAUUGAAUCCAAAGGGGAAGUCGCAGUAAUAGAUCCCUUGAGGGACAUUCAUUAAUACAUUGAGUUAUCCAAAAAUAGGAAUGCCUAAAUCAAAUGGAUACUAGAGACUCAUUUCCAUGCAGAUUUUGUUAGUGGACAUAGAGAAUUAGCAAAUCUGACAGGAGCAACCAUUGUUUAUGGACCAACAGCCGUGGCCAGUUAUCCAAUUAAGGAAGCAAAAGAUGGAGAUGGAUCAUACCCCAGGACAUACAAUGGGAAAUCAAGUUGUUUUGUUUUAGUUCACAAUGGGAAAGAUCACUCGGUCUAUACUGGAGAUACACUAUUUUUGGGUGAAGUUGGAAGGCCAGAUUUAGCUGUGAAGGUGGGUGAACUAACAGUCGAAAUGUUGGCUUCGUAUCUUUAUGAUUCCUUGAGAAAUAAAGUGAUGAAGUUGAAUGAUGAUGUCAUUGUUUAUCCAGGACAUGGAGCAGGAUCAUCUUGUGGAAAAUCCAUUGGAGCAGGCAAGUGCUGUACAAUUGGGAUGCAAAAAAAGAACAAUUAUGCUCUUUAAGAUAUCACAAAGGAGGAGUUUAUCAAUCAAGCUCUUAAGGGAAUGCCCAAGCCUCCUUAAUAUUUCUUUCAUGAUGCAAAAUUAAAUAAAAGUGGUGCUAAUGAUUUUUCUGCUAUUUUAAGUGAAGUCCAGAAAGCCUUAACAUUUGAGGAGUUUAUGAACUACGUAAAGUAGGGAGCUUUGAUUCUUGACACAAGACCAAAUAUUUAAGAAGGUGUAAUAAAAGGUGCUAUUAAUAUUACAUUUAUGUCUGGUUUAGUAAAUUUUGUGGGGUCUAUUAUCAAACCAGAAACAAAAUUAGUUAUAAUUGGAAAGGAUGGAGAAGCAAAGGAUUCCAUAUUAAGAUUAUUAAGAAUUGGUUAUGAUAAUAUAUUUGGAUAUUUGGAUGGAGGAUUUGAAACAUAUAAAAACAAUGGAGGAGAGUUGGCAACUCAAGUUUAAAUAGUUGGACUUGAGGAACUCUGUAAUAUCAAUGAUAAUCCAAACGACCACGUUUUUGUGGAUGUUAGAGGAGUGGGAGAAUUGAGAGAGACUGGAUUUGUUAAAGGGGCCAUUUGUAUAGUUUUGUCUGAGAUAGAGGGAAAUGUUGAUAAGAUACCAAAGGAUAAAAAAUUGCAUAUUUAUUGCAAGUCAGGAUGGAGAGCAAAGAUUGCGAUGAGCAUUUUAGUGAGAAGUGGAUUCGAGAGGAUUAUGAUUAGUCAGGAUGGGGGAUUUGAAGAUAUGUGGGAGAAAAAGUUGAUUGAAAGAGUGGACAUGUGA